UUUCUCUCUGCUCUGUCGGCAGUGUCGGCCACGGUCUAGAGUCUAGUUAUCUAAUGUCGCCUGGUGCUAUCUGGAAAAUUGGAAAUACUGUAGGAGACGCGUCGAAAAUAGGAGUUUUUAUAGGACAAUUAUAAUAGGAUAACAAAGAGGAGAUCGCGAGAGAAUAUAGUCGCCCUGAGAAUGACGGAGAAAGUGCGGAGAUAUGAGAAAAUCGACUUUCUGGGCGAGGGACAGUUUGCCACGGUUUACAAGGCGAGGGAUAUAGAAACGAAUAAAAUUGUGGCUGUGAAAAAGAUCAAGGUCGGGAGUCGUGCAGAAGCUAGAGACGGCAUAAACCGAACUGCCUUGCGAGAGAUUAAACUGCUGCUGGAAUUGAAACACGACAAUAUCAUUGGCCUGUUAGACGUUUUCGGCUACAAAUCAAACGUAUCGUUGGUGUUCGACUUCAUGGACACCGAUCUGGAGGUGAUAAUAAAGGAUAACAAUAUAGUUUUAACCGCAGCCAAUAUAAAGGCGUACAUGAUUCAAACCUUACAAGGACUGGAUUAUCUCCACUUCAAUUGGAUACUUCAUAGGGAUUUAAAACCGAACAAUUUACUGGUGAACUCGGAGGGCGUUCUGAAAAUCGGUGACUUCGGCCUGGCAAAGUUUUACGGAUCGCCUAACCGGAUAAACACUCAUCAAGUGGUCACGAGAUGGUACAGAGCGCCUGAAUUACUUUACGGCGCUAGGCUUUAUGGAACGGGGAUUGACAUGUGGGCGGUGGGUUGUAUAUUAGCCGAGCUUCUGUUGCGAGUGCCGUUUCUGCCCGGUGAAUCUGACUUGGAUCAGCUCACCAGAAUAUUUCAGACACUAGGCACUCCAACGGAAGAAACAUGGCAGGGGAUGACUGAAUUGCCGGACUUCAUUCAAUUCAAGCCGUUCCCUGGCACGCCUUUGAAGCACAUAUUCACUGCUGCCGGCGACGAUCUACUGGAUUUAAUUGCUAGUUUCUUGAACGUGAAUCCACUGGAAAGGUGUACAUGCGACCAAGCGCUGCAAAUGCCAUACUUCAGUAAUAAACCUGCACCUACAACUGGACCAAAACUGCCUCUGCCCACGACCAUUAAACGUCAACGUGAAGAAAGACCUAGUCUUAAAAGAAAACUGUUAGAAUCAAUAGAAGGAGCUUCUUUAGCCAAAAGAUUGCAAUUUUAAUUGUGAUUAAUGCUAGAAAUCAACAGAGAUACAAAGGUUGUACUACUAGAUACAUUGCCAAUUUCGCAAGAUUAGAGAGAUCUUCAAUUGUGAUAUUUUUUGUAUAUCAAAGUAUUAUGUCACUUUGUAUCAAACAAUUUUAUAAAAGUAUAUUAUUCGAAUUCUCUCUAAUGAUAUCUUACAUAUAAAUAGUACAUAAAAAUAUGUGAUUGUUUUAAUUUUUAAUAAUCUAGAAUUUUGUGGCAAGAAAUUCUUCGUAUAAUUUAUAACAUAAUACUAUAUGCAUAAAUCUCUUUUCGAAUAAAUCACUAUCUCCGGUAAUUAUUGAUUGUUAAAAAAAAUUAUAGAAACGGGAUAAGAUAUACAUGUAACAGGUAGCAAUAAUAAUAAUAAUUGAAAAAUAUAAUGUUACGCUGCAAUAUCUUUAUUAAACUUAAAGAUUAAAAAAGAUAUUCGAAGGAUUUCGUAAAUCGUGAAACAUUCACUCCGAAGGAGUAUGAAAAAAAUAAUUGAUUAAUCACUAAACAGCAUUAAUAUUUUUCAGUUUUCUUUCUUGCAUGGCUGACCUUCACGGUAAUAAGUACGGACAGUAGCACGAUACUCCUAUAGCGUGUUUCAAUACGCUGAUCUGUGAUUAUAUCAUGGGUGGAUUCGUGGAGUUUCAUUGUGAAAGUGAGAUAAAUUAUAGAAGCUUGUAAUUUAUCUCGCAACUUACAUUUCGCGAAUUUCGCUAAACUCAUAUUUCAUGAAUGCACUUUUUGCAGAUAAUACAUACUUGAUUGUACUGCACUGAAAUUACCUCUCUCUUUAAUGCACAUUUGUCUCCGAUGCAUGUACAUAAAAUUGUAAAUCAAUAUUGUGCAACAAAAAUACAAUUUAGUACAAAAUUAUUCUUAAUUUAUAUUAAUGCACGUAUCAGAAUGAAUCGGCCGCAUUCGGAUUUAACGAAGCGAAGAAAUCCUCUGUCACUCUGCGUCAAGCGUGUACAACGCAAAAAUAAUGCCUUAAAUUUAACGACGAAGGCCAUGCGAAGAUUUAUCUUAUGAAAUUAUAUCUUACAUUACAUAUCUUACAUACGAACAUAAUUUAGGAUAGACAUUUUAAUAUUGAAGCAAUGAUUUACGCCUCUGCGUGCCUUGUUCUUUAAAUUCGAAAUGGAACAGAGAAUUCUUUAUAAAAUAAUAAUGCAUAGUUAUUUUGAUGUAAAAUACGUUUGGAGAUUAGGGCCGCCAUUAAUUUAUAUGUACAAAUAUAUAUAAAUUCGUAAGACUAUUUCAAUC